AUGUGCCCUCGUUCCCGGAGAAGAUUGUGUCCAAGCAUCACCUGCUACUGGGAUCCUUGUUUUGAUCUCCUCGGGGGUUCUCAGACCAGCGGAGGCGGGUGUGGAGCUGCGCAGCUAGUGUGCAGGAGCUGUGGCCUCCGGAUGCCAGCGAGAAAUGAAAACCCUCUGCAGUCUGUUAAGGAAGAUGCCAGAACUGACAAGGCUCAAGGGGCUUUCUGGCUCCAGUCUCUUAUUACUGAGGCCUUUCAUGGCACAAGAUUUCACAUGAUAGAAGAAUAUCUUCAGCAGAAAGAGAGCCUCGUGCCUCAAAAAUACAACCAUCUCCUCCUCCUCCAUCUUGACAGAGUGAUGAAUGAGGAGCUGGACAAAGAGGAGUUCGAGAACUGUUCCCUGCUGCUGAAAUGUAUCCAGAGAUUCCUCAAAGAGGAUCCGGACCAAGAGGAGCCUUUGCUAAUCCAGCAGGGACUCAUCCCAAAGAUGGUUUCCUGGCUUGAAACAAUAACAGGACUUCUGAUCGCCAAAGCCCUGGCCUCAGAUACGCAGCUGACUAACGCCAUGGACGACCUCCUCGACACUGCACUGAUCGUUUCCAGGCAUAGCAGGAAAGGGACAAUCCAGAUGCUGGAUUCCUUCAUAUUUAGUUUAGGAUUCCUGGUGACAGAAGGCAGCACAAAGCUCUCCAUUCAACAGGAGGCUCUGAGGACUUUGAACUGCAUUUUGGAUGCUGCACCCCGGGGAGAGAGAAGAAAGCUGUCUUCAGGAGAAGGCGCGCACCGUCUUAUGAAAGAAUUGGCAAGGACGAUCUUGACCGUGGGCGAUUACAGCCAGCAGGUUGCUCUGUUGGAGGCACUGUGUAGAAUGGCAGUCGGAACUCAGAGGGAUGAACUUGCCGCUCAGUGGUUUGGCGAUGCUGUUCUGGCUGAAGCUUUCAAGGACAUUAAGAAUCGGGAAUUUGAGACGGACUGUCGGCAGUUUCUCAAUUUCCUGAAUAACAGGCUCAGUGACCAGAGCAGGGUCUACUCAUUUCCAUGCCUGGCUGCUUUUGCCGAUGCUCAGGAGAUGAUAAAACCAGCAGAUGAAAAAUUAGAGGAGUUUUGGAUUGACUUCAACCUAGGAAGCCAAAGCGUGACGUUUUACGUAGAUAAUGCGGAGAGUCCUCUGUGGGAGCCAGUGCAACUUUUGAAGGAAACAGUGGCCACGUUCACCGUAGUGGAAAAAGAUAGGAUGAAGACGUUCAUCGCUUACCUGAAACAGCCAAUUGUUAUCAGCAAGAGAGAAGCAAGGACCAUAGAAAUCCACUUUGACCGGCAACUUGGCAUAUCACAAGCAUCUGUGCGAGCUUUGGGAGAAGACAAACAGGUGGCGCCUUCAUUUCAGAUGCCUAUUUUGAUAAAGGUCUCCUCUGGCCUUGAAAAAGAAGAUGGUGAGAUUCCUAGUAGCCUCAAAAGAGAAACAGAGUAUUCAGAAGAAUCCACAGUCCUGCCAGGGUUCAUGGAUGCUGAAGUUGACCGUUGCCUAAUAACUCGCUGCUUUAAUGUCCAGUUGGAGCCUGCUGUGAGUAAAGGGAGCUGGGAAAGGAAGGAAACAAAUACAGAAGGCCGCUCACCUGAAAACUCAAAACCAGAUGACCCCAAACAAGUUACUCCAAAACACGAGUGUACUUCAGAUGAACAAGAAGUAUUGCUUCAAACUCAGGCUUCUAAAUUAAAUGAUACAAAGGAAGAUUCUGCCUCUGAGAGGGACAGAGAACAGGACCAAAGAAUGCUGUUUAGUGAUAGGAAAUACUACUACUUGGAGAGUAAUGAAGAUUCAAGUUCAAGUACCAGCGAACUAGACUGGAUCCAGAAUCACAGAAGAAAAUCCGUACGAACAUAUUCCCAGAGAAGGAAGCCCAGAGUCAGCUCUCUAAGGAUCCUACCACUCUCCCCCAUCAGCAGAGGCAGUGCUCGUGAGGAAGACCAAGCUAGGCUAACACCACUAUGGAAAGGCAUCUCCAGAGGAAAUGAUACAGCUCUUCCAAAAUUCUCUGAAACAAAACUGCGAGGUGCUUCUGUGCGCUUAACUCCCAAGGCAUCCGCACAGAAAAUAGGUACUUGACUUUCAGUUAGAAGAGGCUCAGAACCGAGCCCCUCCACAAAGAAGACAGACGCUAACAGGCAUGUGCACUGUAGAGAACUUCAAAGUCCCCUUCCAUCGGGUGGUGUAUCUUCAUUAGAGAGCCCAGAAGUUGAAGAAAAUGUGCUGCAGAUUGCGAACCUAGAAUCAUUUAUGGAGAACAGUAGCUUCAAACAUAAGCUAGAAAACUUGGAACAUGGAGAGGCACCAGAUGGGAGUGCUGUGGCCCCAAAGCAAUCAAGAUUAGAAGAAGAUGCUCCCGGAUCCCCCAUUGUGACAGAUAUUUCUACUCUGUCCCAAGAAGAUGUGCCAGAAAAUGCAAGUAGUUCUGCUUUAAAAACAGCCUUUGAAAACUUCACUAGAGACCUGAGAAGAAAAUUUGAGGUAUCACUCAAGCAGAAAGCAAUUCCAUGUUCUUCAGAAGAAGCCAAGGAAGUGCCAGGUUGCCUGAUAAGACUUUGGAACCAGAUAUACAUGUGCAGACUGAACAAGCUGGAGAGGUUUCACAACUGUGUUCUUGAGCAGCUGAGCAACUUGGAGAAGGAGCUUCAGACUCUCAAGUGCCUUGAGAAGGAUGCUCUGGCAAGUUCAUUGUUUGUGCUGUCUCUGGGACAAAAUGGGACCUUCUCUAGGGAAAAAUGCGUGGUACAACAGCCUGAGGAAGGGUAUGGAGAUAGAAUCUGUAAUGUCUUGGCCCAAGGGAUGUCCUUCAGAGCGACGCUCAACAGCAGACAGGCCUUUAGCAGCUGCUGA